GUGACGCUUGUCUUUAGGUUUUCUAACAAUCUGUACUGAUUUUGGGACGACCACCGAACCACAAUGACGACCAUUUUUGCCUUCUUCUGUCUUUUGAAAGUAACGUUGGCACUUGCUGCUGAGAUCAACAUUGAGGGAAUUGAAGGAGGAGAUGUUUCAUUCAAAUGCUCUCACAAACUGGCAAACAACAACAAAAAGUACUUCUGCAAGGAUCCAUGUAACAGUAAAGACAUACUGGUUACUGUUUCACCUGGUGAGAAGGCAGAGUCUGGAAGGAUAAAUCUGGUGGAUCAUGAGGACGGUUCCUUCAAGGUUACCAUCAAACAUCUUCAGGUGUCCGACUCACACGUGUACUGGUGCGCAGUGAUUAGGUCCAUGCGCAACACGUUCACAUCUGUAAACCUUACAGUACAUAAAGCAGUGUUAAAGACAACUGUUCCACCAACUGUUUCUUCCCCCUGGUUUCCAGACUCAACCACCUCAACACAGAUGACAAACAGUGUGGGGACAACUACAACCAGAAACAUCUCAAAUGAGAUAAACAGCACUGGCAGUGUAAAUAGACUUAGCAGCAACCUUGGCCCCAUGCUGGGUGCUGGGGCCGUGACCGCUGCUACUCUCAUAAUCUUCAUACUGGCUGCAUGCAUCAGGAAACGCAGAGAAAUGUCAAAACCUCAGCUUCAAGUUUGCUCCAACCACAAAGACCCCGGGAGUAAGGUGACUGAGAUUAAAUGUUGCGGCAAGGGAGGAAAGAGUGAAAAACAUUCAUCGGAGGGUAUAGCUGUCACCAUUGACCACCUACGGCCGACUUCCACUCCAGGACAUUUUCCUCCGAUUUAUGAAAACCUUUCUAAUUCCACUGGUGCUAGUGGAACAAGACAUUUACCUGUAGAUCAGCAGAACAUUGAAGAUAUUAACGAAAGGAUCUACAUCACACCUUUACCUUUUGCCGCAUCCGAAACUACAGACAGAAAAGACAGAAUUAACCCAACAAGAAGAGAGACAGGGAACCAUAUAAACACUGUAUCUGAGUCUAUCCCCUCUGAACCACCUUCCAGAUCGCUAUGGUUUGGUUUAGAUGUAAACCAAAUAAAUUUAGGGCCAUAAUAUAUUUGUUUUUAUCACAGAAAUAUUAGCAAGACACUUUUUAACAACACUUUGGUUAGUUUACACACUAUACUGAAGCUUUAAUAGUAGAUACCUACAAAAUAAAAUAUAUACUAAGAGUUGUAAUGAAUUUAAGAAAGCAGGAAAAAAAGUGAGUGAUGAAACUUUGCUUCAUUAACUG